AGGUAGGCCAUGAGGCAACUCUUCAGGUUGUGGGAGUAGGAAUCACAGCACAAGAUGGGAAAUGGAGGCUUUAUUGUAGAGGUCAGCUCAGACCGAGUGUCAGAAUCUCAACUCUGUGAGGAGUUUGACUUCUCUAACGGCCUGGUUCCUCUUUUCCAUUCCUUCCUGUUUUCUUCUCUUGCCCUUUGAGUUCUUGGUAUCUCUAUGACUGUAUACAGAUCCUGGGUGUGUUCUCCAUCUGUGAUUCUCCUUUUGCAGGUCAGCAGACUGCACCUCAUGGUGUACGCUCAGGGCAGCUGUCUGUUGCUGCCUCUCAUCUCUAGCUGGUAUUGGGUCCAUUUGCUGCCACAUUUGUUUCUCGUUCAGGAUCUAUUUUAAAGAAGGGAUGGCAUACACUUUGCGAGGGCAGGUUCUCAACACGUUUUCAGAAAACAUUUAUAUUAACAAGAACCUCAGGAAUAAACUUGAUUCCACAGACAUGGAUGCAGACUCUCCUCCAGCUCCUCAAAAGAAGACCAGGACUCAUGAAAGUUGUCACAGAUUCUCCAAAUUGCUCCUCAUCUCAUUCAUAAUAUUUUUACUGCUAUUGAAAAUGUUAUUCUCAGUUGCUCUGAUCACUUUGUCUAAAAAAUAUUCUCAGCUUCUUGAUGAAAAAGAAAUCAUAAAAGAACUGAAUUACGCUGAGUUGGUGUGUAGAAAACAGCAUUUACUCUCGAAAGUCUGGAGCUGUUGCCCAAAGGAUUGGAAGCCAUUUAGUUCCCACUGCUACUUCACUGCGACUGGCCCAGCAUCUUGGAGAGAGAGUGAGGAGAAGUGCUCCAGCAUGGGUGCUCAUCUGAUGGUGAUCCACAGCCAGGAAGAGGAGGAUUUCAUCACCAAGAUCCUGGAUCCUAAAGCUGUUUAUUAUAUUGGGCUUUUGGAUGCAGGUCAUCGACAGUGGCGCUGGGUUGAUCAGACACCAUACAAUGAAAGUGCCACGUUCUGGCACCCAGGUGAGCCCAACAGUGACAUUGAACAAUGUGUUAUAAUAAAUCAUCGAUAUUCUGGUUGGGGCUGGAAUGACAUCCCUUGCAGUGCUAAAGAGAAGUCAGUUUGUCAGAUGAAGAAAAUAUACUUAUGAAUCAAGCAUUCUCCAUGGACAUGGAUUGCAUUUUUAUCCAGCAUUUCCAGACACCUGGAAAGAUCUUCUUGUGGAAGAGAUGUCCAUUAAAAAUUUAGGUAGGCAGCCAACAGUUAUCCAUUUGAUAACACUGGCCUUCACAAAUACUUAUCUAUUCAUCCUUUACUCUUUUAUAUAAUGAGACUUUCUCUUAUACCUGGUAGCACACACCUUUAAUCCUAGCAUUUCAGAGGCAGAAAUCUGUAGCUGGAGUUUUUCUGCCUGGCCCACAGU